AUGGUCUCACUCCGGUCUGGUGAGGUUGCAGAAGCCGGCGAAAACAGCGGCGUCCCUGAAGACAGAGCCUUCGAAAAACUCAAAGAGGCUAUUAAGUUACUGAAUCCGAGCGGGGAAGGCCACAUCAACAAGCUCUUCAAAAAGUUCAAGGUUGGUGCGGUCGAGUCGAAUGUGUUGGCGAGCUCUGAAUUACAGAACUGGGCCGCCGCUGUGGCAAAAGUGAGCAAGAAGAAUCCUCCUAUCGGUGAAGUGCAAAUGGUGUCGACGCUGACCACUCGAUACGGAGACGAAGCCCUGACGAGGAUGCUAAUUGCGGCGAAAGAUGCGCCGGGCUUGGCGGGCUGGGCUGGGAAGCUGGAGGCAGCUCAGUUGAGGAGUUGA